AUGAGUUGGAUAUCUUUUUAUUUGGGCAAAGACAACAUUCCUUCGCGUACAAUGAUUGGAGUAAAUUCUCUCCUUUCUUUAACUUAUCAAUUCGGAUCUGUCGUUGCUAAUUUACCAAAAACUAGUGAUAUUAAAGCUAUUGAUGUUAUGAUACUUAUAGCUAUGGGAUUUAUAUUUUCUUCACUUAUUGAACUUGCCGUUGUUGGUUAUUUAGUUAGUGCACAAACAGAGAAAAAAGAAAAAUUGCAUAAUUGUUGGUGGGGCUGUUUGUGUUGCCCAGAACUAACAGCCUCAAAAAUUGACCAAGUGUCCUUUAUUCUCUUUCCUACAUGCUUUGUUAUUUUUAAUAUUUGGUAUUGGUUUAUUUUUAUGGGGUAA